AUGACCAAAGUCCAAUAUUUGAAGUGCUCAGCAGAACAUAUCAUUUGAUCUGAAAAACCAAAGCCCCCAUGGACUUGAAAAAAUUGCUUCUGCAACUCACGGUUUUGGGAGUUAUUUCAGCAGCCAUGGCAGCACCAAGAAGCGGUCAAGCAAAGCCGGGUUGCCUAGACAGCUGUGGCAACGUUAGCAUCCCAUAUCCAUUUGGCACAAACCCGGGCUGCUACUACGACGAAGAAUUUCUCAUAACUUGUAACAACACUUUCAAUCCUCCCAAACCUUUCUUAACAGAUAGUACCAUUGAUGUCACCAACAUUUCACUCAAUGGUCAGCUGAACAUUUUGCAGUAUAUAGCCCGCGAUUGCUACAACCAGUCGGGUUCACAGAUCUCACAUAACGUACCCUCACUCCAGUUGUCCAAAUUCAGGAUCUCUAGUACCAAAAACAAGUUCACAGCAAUUGGCUGUGACACUUCCGCUAAAAUUCAAGCUUACCUAGGUGAGAAUGAAUACGCGAGUGGUUGCAUGUCCAUAUGUGACAGCAUAGACUAUGUCACCAAUGGGUCGUGCUCUGGAAUUGGUUGUUGCCAAACAUCGAUCCCCAAAGGAGUAAGCUAUUAUGAAGUGACAUUGGAAAGCUAUUACAAUCAUAAAAGAGUGUGGAAUUUCAGCCCCUGCAGUUUUGCCUUUGUUGUUGAAGAGGAUAAGUUCAACUUCUCCUCGAACAAUCUUAGUGACUUGGAGAAUGUAGAAAAGCUUCCGGUGGUGCUUGAUUGGGCGAUUGGAAAUGAGACAUCGUGUGAAGAUGCAAGAAAAUCCUCUGGAUAUGCAUGUAAAGAUCAUAGCAAUUGUUAUGAGGUUGAUAAUGGUUCCGGUUAUCGUUGCAGUUGCUUCGAUGGUUACAAUGGAAACCCUUAUCUCCCCAAUGGUUGUCAAGAUACAGAUGAAUGUAAUGAUCCAACACUCAAUCUGUGUGAAAAGAAAUGUGAGAAUACAGCCGGGAGUUACAAGUGUUCUUGCCCCAAGGGGUACCAUGGAGACGGCAGAAAAGAUGGAAGUGGAUGCACUGCUGAUCAACUACUGGUUAUUAAGAUUGUUCUAGGUAUUGCAAUUAGUGUUGCAGUUCUACUUGUGGGCUUCACUUGGUUGUACUUGGGAAUCAAGAAAAGAAAGCUCAUUAGGCUCAAAGAGAAGUUCUUUCAACAAAAUGGAGGUUUAAUGUUGCAACAACAACUCUCUAGACGGGAAGGGUCUACCGAAACAGCAAAAAUUUUCACAGCAGAAGAGCUCAAAAAGGCCACUGACAACUACAGCGAGGACAGGAUUGUAGGCCGAGGAGGUUAUGGAACAGUUUACAAAGGAACUUUAACCGAUAACAGAGUAGUUGCCAUCAAGAAGUCCAAAGUAGUGGAUCAAAGCCAAAUAGAACAAUUCAUCAACGAAGUGAUUGUACUCUCACAAAUCAAUCACAGAAAUGUGGUCAAGCUUUUGGGCUGUUGUUUGGAGACAGAAGUCCCUUUAUUAGUUUAUGAGUUCAUCACGAACGGAACUCUCCAUGACCACAUACAUAAUGAAAGUAAGACGACUUCACUUUCCUGGCAAACUCGUCUGAGGAUCGCUGUAGAAACUGCCGGAGUGCUCUCUUAUUUGCAUUCUGCAGCUUCGAUUCCUAUCAUCCAUAGAGAUGUCAAGCCUACGAACAUACUCUUAGACGACAAUUACACUGCAAAAGUGUCUGACUUUGGAGCAUCGAGGUUAGUUCCCAUUGAUCAAAUGCAGUUAUCCACAAUGGUGCAAGGAACUCUUGGAUACUUAGAUCCCGAGUACUUGCAGACAAGUCAAUUGACAGAGAAAAGCGAUGUUUAUAGCUUUGGGGUUAUCCUUGUUGAGUUGCUAACCGGAAGGAAGGCAGUUUCCUUUGACAGGCCAGAGGACGAGAGAAACCUAGCUAUAUAUUUUCUCUCUGCGUUGAAAGGAGAUCGCUUGUUUGAAGUUCUUGAGCGCAGUAUUGUUCAUGAGGAAAAUACUGAGCAACUCAAAGAGGUUGCUAUUCUUGCAAAGAGGUGUUUACGAGUAAAUGGGGAGGAGAGACCGACAAUGAAAGAAGUAGCAAUGGAACUGGAGGGACUAAAAAUGAUGGAGAAACAUCCAUGGGUUAACGAUGAAUUGAAAUCUGAAGAAACUGAGUACCUGCUAGGUGACGCAUCGGACACUUACAGAUUUGGAGUUACCGGCAACACAACAGGUGCGUAUGAUAGCACUAGAGAGCAUAUUGCUCUGCAAAUAGAUGGUGGAAGGUGAUUGUUUUGUCAUUUGUGCAUAUAUAUAUCUUCAUUGAAGGUGUGUGUUAGAUUAUAUAUUCAAAAUGUGUUUCUACUAAUUGUUGUACUAUUGUAGGCCAUUACACUUUUUCUUUUUCUUUUUUGUAGUUUCU